AGUAGGAGAAGCCUGGAUCACGCUCUCGGGAAGCAGGGCGCCGAGGGAGGUGCUCAACCCGGGCAGUCGGCCGGAGGCGUCCUCGUUGCUAUGGCGCCCGUUGCUGCGUAGUGAUUGGUGGAGUUGGCUGUGCCGCAGGGACGGCUGGGAGCAUAGCAGGCGCUGCGAGUUUCAAAGCGGCGGCCUGAGAGGUCCCUGUCACCAUCAUGCCCACUUCCGUGCCCCCAAGGAGUAGGCGGGGGGCAGCCCAUUCCACCUCAACCUCCCCUGUUAGCUCCGACGAUGAGGGGGCCGGCAAGUCUUCCACUUUCUCCCUGAUCUCUCCAAGUUUCCACCGAAGUUUCUCAAGUUUCCACCACAAGGAGCAAGAGGAAGAGGCAACACCAGCUAGCAGGGGGACCGGCAUCCCUCAAAGGAUUAAACAUCAUAGUGCGGAACAUGUUAAAGAUACCAAAAAGAAAAAUCAUCUACCUGUGGAAGAAAAUCUCUCACCAUGGGAAGAAUGGUUCCUUUGCAAAGAGAAAGAGCUGCGUGCUCGGUUACAAGCACAAGCUAUGGAGGAGAUGAAGCAGGAAAUGGAGAAAAGGAAGGAAAGAGAGGAACGCGAAAGGAAAAGAUUAAUUGCUGAAGAAAAACACAAAGAGUGGGUCCAGAAAAAAAAUGAGGAGGUGAAAAGGGAAAGAAGAGAAAGGGAACAUAAGCUCAGCAAAGAAAUGGCAGAAAAAGCAGCCAAAGAACUUGCGAGAACACAGUCAAAGGAAAAAGCACGAGAGAUGUAUCAAGAAUGGCUGAAGAAAAAGAAAAUGGAAGAGGUUCAGAAGAAGAAGGAAGAGAAGGAGAAGGAAAGGCAACAGGAAGCUGAAUUACAGGAGAAAAAAGAAAAAUCGGAGAGGAUGUUCAAAGAAUGGCUGCAAAAUUCUAGAACCAAGCCCCGCCCAGCAUCAGCUGGCUGUGUCUAUGCCGAUGGGAAAGUUAUGGGAUAUCCCGAUGGAAAUGCAUAUCCAGUUCCAGCCUUUUACAACCCAAUACCUUGGAAACCAAUCCAUGUGCCUCCUCCCAAGGAAGAGAAGUAUGUUUCAGUGAAGAAAAAUAAGAGGCCUAUAUCCAGUCACGCAUAUAGACCUUCAAUGCCUUUUCAUAAAUCCAAGAACAAUCUUUAUAUUGGAUCAUUAUGCAGAAUUCAGAGAUAGCACAAAACAUGUUAAUACUUUAUUUUAAUUUGGCCUGAUAGUGGAAUUUAUGGUGUACUACUGGCAAUGUUUUGAAAGCAGCUACCACUUCUUAAUUUUAUGCAAUUUUUAUUGUCUCGCUAAAAUAAAGCACCUAGGGCAAAAUUAGUGUCAUUUUAAUGUAUUCUUCUCUGUAAUGUGUUGUGAGCUAUAUUUUAAACAAUAAAAAGUAAUUAUAUUGAGCCUUUCCCUAAUAUUGUACUUUAGGUGCUAUAUUUGUAAAUGCAACUUCUAGCGUUCCUGUGCUUGAUUGUUGCAAUUCCUGCUUUAGUGGGUUAUUGUAAUGCCAUAGGGCAAGAAGAUAAAGCUUUGACCACAGCAUUUCUAAGAGUGAGUUUUUGGAUUUAAGAUCAUUUGGUACAAUAAUAUUAAUGGCAGUGGAAAUGAGUUGGCUUUAAUUCAACUGUGCUUGCAUAACUAGUUUGCAGAAUGUGACGUUGAGAAACCUUUUGAUACUGCUUCUGUAUUUUAUGUAGCGCUGUUGUAGAUUACCUUUUUACAUUUUUUGCUCAUCUUGGCUCUUCUGAUGAAUUUUGAAUAUUAACUAUUUUUUGCAGAUGUACAAUGUAGUGAUUAAUCAGUGCUUAUUUUGAUUUAUUUUACAGUUUUGAAAACUCCUUUCUCUUUAUUGCUUUGGACACUUGAUAUUUAAAGAAUUUCAAAAAAUAAUUAAGUCAUGUUAAUAUAACAAAAAGAAAUCCUAAAAAAACCAAUCACAAGUAUUUUUGAACCUUUUUGAUUGUUGCUUCUAUAAUUUUAUGAGCUCUCUAGCCUCCUGGGUGUUGUGAACUGUAGUCCAUUCAGAUUUAAUGUACACAUUCAAUCUCAAGGAAGACCCCAAGUGUAUUGUCUCAUUUCUUCUUUUACAACCAUAAUCACUUGUCUAUUAAUUUUAAAAAGGCAUAUCUGAAUUUUUUAAAAGUUAGUAAAAUAUAUGUAGGCUUAUUUAGUGUACUUAACUACUCUUGUAAAUAGGUGCUGCUAAUUCAAUCCUAACUGCUACUACUUCAGAAAAACCAAGAAAUUUCAUCUAACACUAUUGCAAACAAGUAACUAAGUCUGGAGGUUUUAUUUCUUCUGCUAGUCCUCUAAAUUUUAAAUUAUAAUCCACCUGUAACUCCUCCUUACUCCCUUUAACACAGGGAUAGAGAACCUCAGGCUUGGGGGGCCAAAAUACAGCCCUCCAUGCUUCUGUCUGGUCUUCAGACUUCUCCCUAGGCCACAUUCCCUCCUGAGCCACACCCCUCACCAGCCAUGUUUUGCACCCUCCUUGAAUGUGCUUCCUUGUUGGAAUGUCUCCAACUCUGAUAAUGCUUCUUUCUUUCUGGAUGGAGGAUAGAAAUGGAGGUGUAAAUGUGAAGAAAGUAGCCUACUGUACAAAGGUAAAUUUCACAUUUAUUGCUCUGCCCACUUUUGCCUCCAGUCCUAUCUACCAUGGGCAUUGGCCAGAAGGGAACAUGGCCCUUGACCUGAAAGGUUAAAGCAGGAUUGGAGUACCUAUCUAUAUCUCAUAUAUUCUUGUGAUUUUGAUCAGUUUCUUGAAUGUUAUGAUUUGUGUUUAAAAAAAGGGAAAAAGCAUCACCCUCUAGAAAUAGCAGUUUAUAAAUAUCUAAGUAAAUCUAAAUAUCUUUUACCAAUCAAUUUUCAUUGAUAUGUUGUUGAUGUUUUUACUCUUGUAAUUGUAGUACUGUGUU